AUGCGGCGUCCUCAGGAAGAGAUGUCGCUGCAUGAUGUAUUGGGAGAUCAGGCAUCGACAUGGUUGGAAGAAAGCCGUGCCCAUUUUGAGGAAGAGAACAAUAGCAGCAACCAAAACGGCAACUUUUCUCCGUUGCGAAUUGCGACGUACAUGUGCCUGGCUGUUCUGUUCAUCCUAUGGGGACGCCGACACUAUCUGAGACAUCAACGACGGCGUCAGGCGCCGGCUGAAUCAGAGGAGCAAGUAGAAGAAGUAAUUUUCGUGUUGGGAAUCCCCUUGUUGAUCCAUCGAAGAGGCCAACCAUCGUCUCGACAGGCAGAGGAUGGCGCUUAA